UGCUGAUCAUGAUGACAACUUGGAAAGGGAUGAUGAUGCAAAUUUCAGUGAUGUUGAGUACACAUUAGAGAGUGAUUCGGCAGAUGAAGAUGAUAACGAUGUGUACAAAAUGUCUGAUGAAGAAGCAACAUCUUUGGAGGAUAAGAGCAUAGCAGAUGAAACAUACAACCAGGCACAAAGCACCCCCUCUUGCCUUGUAUCAUUUGGGCCACACCAGAAGCUGAGCAGAGGUAAAGAAAUGUAUGCUCUAAAAGAUGAAUAUGAAUUAGGCCAAGAUUCAAAAUUCAUCUGCACGCUUAGUUUAAUCCUUGGAGUGUUUGCAUCGAGAUGUCAGACACCUGGAUGUAUUGCUGCACCAACAGUAAAACAUCACUUUGUGGGAACAACUCUAGUUGUUAGCUCAACAUGUUCAUCCAGGCACAUGCACAAGUUCUGUUCAUCAAGGGAAGUUAACAACAUGUUUGUCAACAAUCUGCAAACUGUGGCUUCAAUUAUGCUCUCUGGGAGUCACUAUGCUAAAGCAAAUCGCUUAGCAAAAUUCUUAAACUUGGAAUUUGUGUCCAAAUCCAGCUACUAUCGCUUUCAACGCCUGUAUUUAAUUCCUGAGAUAAACAAUUGGUGGAAUUGGAUGAAAUCGGAACUGAUAACAGAGUUUGCUGGCAAAGACAUUGUUGUUGGUGGUGAUGGUCAAUGUGACUCUCCAGGCUUCAAUGCCAAGAAUUUAUGUUAUUUUACUGUGGAGGUGGAUAGCAAUUACAUUCUUGACAUUGAAGUCUUGGACAAAAGGCAUGUUGGCCUCAUCUCAACAAAUAUGGAGAAAGAGGCAGUGAAGCGAAGCAUGGAUCGUCUUCGGAAGGAAGUCAGAAUUGUUGAGUUGGUCAAAGAUGCUUCUUCAUCUGUGAAGGCAUUUCUUGGUAAGUACCCUCAGUGUUAUUCUAUGAAUUGA